AUGGGUCACCAACUUCCUCAAAGUCCAGUUCACAAAAGAAGAUUAAAGCGACCUCUUGGCCAUCCUGAUAAGCAAAAAAAAUCAGUAUCACCAGAAUCAACUAGUCCAAUUAUACAAAGUAAAACUAUAGUUGGAGAAAAACGCGAAGCAGAGAACGCAAACAGCGAUGAGGAUGAUACUCCUCUUUUUCAAAACAGAUUCUUUAAUCGUCAGCGAAGAAAACGUGUAUGCAUUGAAGAUGAAUUGAUGGAUGAAUUGACAAACGAUCUAAGCAUCGCCCAGGCUACAACAAUUGACAGUACACCAGAAAAAGUAAAGAUGCCUGUCGCAGCUGUCAAUUUCUCGACUCAGAGCAAUGUCAAAAUGAUAAAUCUACCAAUUUCAGAAACUGAACCAAUUUCAAAAGAAAGUGAACCAAUUCUUCAGAAACUAUCAGACUACAUGACUAUGAUUUGCAAUGAACAAACAGAAAUUAGAAAUUCACAAAGCACGAUAAAUCCUAUCUUCCCGGAAGCAGACACCAAUGUCAUUCCUCUGUCUGUUCUUCGUCAAUUUACUAUCUUGGUUGUCAAGACAGUUCAAGCGAAAUGUUUCAGAAAUGCAGAUCAACAUCAAUUUGGACAAAUAUUGAGUAGAAUGGAAUAUGCAAUUGGAUGCAUUGUGGAUUUGGAUAUAUUAGAAGAGUAUGCAAAAGAAACUGACGAAGCACAAAAGAUGUCAAAAACAAUAGCUUGGCUGGAGAAAUUAUCUUAUGGAAUUGAAAUCAGUGUACUUGUUGUUGAUCUAUUAGCUGUCUGCAGAGUGAACAAGCAGGAUGUUCCAAAAGGUCUUAUUACUACAUGUCUAAGACUUGUAAAAUCACAACUUGAAAGCCUCAUCUACCCACUAAUUGACCUCACGAGUCUAGAAGAUGAUCCUACAAGCUUGAACAAUGAUCUUCGUCGAUUUCUAAACUCGGUAGAGGCAUCACCUCCAGCCCGACGAAAUCUCUCGGGCAUUCUUCCACUUAUCACUCGAUUCCUUCGACGUUCUUUUGUUCUUCUUCAACAGGAUGAAAUUGACGAUCACGGAAUUCUUAUUGUUGGCUAUAUCAGUAUGGGACCAUUUUUCCAUGAUUACACGGAAAGCAACACAUCGUGUCUCAUAAGAAACUCUGCCGAUUCGACUGUGAACCCAUUCGAACAGAUGAAAUUCAGUGCACUCGAUAUGCUUACUACACUAUUUGGAAAUUAUCCACAACACCGUCGGUGGAUUCUGGAUGAGAUAUUAACAGGCAUGGGCAAUCUCACAACAAUGGAUCGAAGCGUUAAGCGGUAUAGAUUAAGCGACGGUAGAUCCUUACAUGUUAUGAGUGCCCUCUGGAUUCAACUCGUCCAGUCCUGCUGCGCACCUACGACUAUUGUUGCUGACAGAGGCUGGCUUCGUAAAUGGGAGCUCAAGCAACAAAGGUUUCAAAAGGAUAAUGAAACAAAACAGCUUGCUGGACUUGAAGAGAAACUUGUUCAAAAGGCAGCGGAAGUAUGGAAGACAGGGAUUGAGGCAGCAGCACAGACUGCGACAUAUUUCCUUGAUUUUCUCAUGGCCAAGUGUAGAUCACGUAAGAAAGAUACUUAUUCGGUAGCUGAAUACCGGAUGAUCAUGGAAAGUACUGUGGAGGAUAUACUUGUUGUUCUCAGUGAUCCAUCCUGGCCAGCUGCAGAGCUCAUUCUACGUACAUUCACUAAACUUCUGGUGGCUGUAAUCGAGAGUGGCACUUCUGAUAUUUAUCUGAAAUCUUUGGCCAUCGAAUGGCUUGGUACCAUAGCAUGUACCAUUAAGAUGGGAUGCAAUCGGCUGUCUGGAGAAAAAGGACAAUUCACACCAGAAUGGGUUUACAAAUUGAACGAGCAACUCCCAACAGAGAUAACACAGGACACAGCUUUAAAUUCGCUAGAAUUUCUUGCUCAAUGUCAAAUGAAACUCUAUAAUCAUGUGGAAAAUAGCAAUGUUGAUCCUUCUUUAACUAAGUUUUAUUUGGCUAGCUGGGGAUACACGGAUACAAUGAUAUGCUCAUUUGAUUUUCCAGAAUUGAAUAGAGAAGAUAUCGGGUUACUGUCAGAACUUUUGGCAUCUCGACAACCACUCUACAAUAGCUUUCAAUUUUUAAUAUCACAUAUCAUGGCUUGUUUGGACAAUGACAGCGUCUCAUAUAGAGUAAAGGCUUUGAGAUCGAUGGGUCGUAUAGCAACAGAAGUCCCUACUGUCCUUGAUGAGCCUCGAAUUCGUAAUCCUAUUAUUAAAAGAAUUCACGAUGCAUCUCCUUCUGUUCGUGAUGCAGCUCUUGAGGUUAUGGCAAGAUAUCUUGGCCGUCAAGAAACUCUUUCUUUACCAAUAUACAACAUUGUUAGUGAGCGUAUUAUGGAUACAGCUAUGACUGUUCGAAAACGCUUAGUCAAACUAUUACGUGAAUUGCAUGCCAAAUGUGAUGAUCGAGCUAUCAAAAUUGAUAUAUCGGCUAAACUUAUACAACGGAUUGGUGAUAAUGAAAUCAGUAUAAGCGAAGCAGCACUAAAGGCUACACAAGAAAUACUUUUCCAUCCUUUCCGCGAAAUUGAUAAUGAUGGUAACGAUGCAUUUGGAUCGUCUUAUCAGCAUUUUCCAAAAGAGAGGAAGCGACAAAUCACCGAAUUGACUUUGCUGAUUACUGGUGCUACUACCAGAGAUAUAUCCUCGCUCACCCAAUCCUCAGCUUUAAUCCAGAUUCUGCAAAAGACCGUAGCAGGAUGUGACAGCAGGACAAUGGUUUGGUACAAAAUGGUAUUCCAAUGGAUUGUCGAUGCACUUUUUGAGCAUAUGCUUCUAUUGGAUGAACAAGGAAAUACCGAAGGCUUUCUUUGCUGCCUGACUACAGUGUAUGCGUUCACAAAAACCAGCCCUGAUAUCCUCCGAGAGACACAUAUUUCAAUGCUAGAACCUUACCUGAGCAUCACAGAAGAAGAUGAUUGGCGUAUUGCUCGAUACGUACUUAUGAUUUAUCGGGAUGUACUUCCACGCCGAAGAUACCAUGAUCCUGAUUUCGUGGCACAAGUGGAACAAGCCCUUCAGCAACUUUUGAGCAGAUGCCCCCUUGAUAUGAUUCAAAGUACAGUAUCAUGUCUAUGUGCAAUCAUUGACAAUAUUUCCAAGCGAUAUAACUUAUUAAUCAAAAUGCUGGGAGCAUGUCUUGGUAAACUUCAACAAGACCGAGCACAAAUGUCAAACGGAAAACCACCUGCACGUUCUAUUACUGCAAUAAGAAAAAUGUUACUUAUCAGCAGUUUACUCUGCCGCUACUUUGACUUUGACGAGAAAAGGAAAACUGAACCAGUCAAGUUGAGGGCUCUUGACAUUGUUCACAAGCAAAGCAUUACAAAACUUGCUUUUGAUUUGAUACUUUACUUUGCUAGCUCUCUUGAUGAGACUACUCCCUUUAAUCAAAUCAUGGCUACAGCUUUACAGAGCUUAGGUCAUCUUUAUGCAGCACAUCCUACAUUUGUAAUCGAGAAGACGAGUACAGAGUUGAUGGACAAACUCUUUGAGAGCGGCUCAGAACCCAUGAAGGUUCAACUAUUACGUGUAUUCGUUGAAUUCCUCGCUGCUGAAGAAAAUCGUAUAGAGAAACAAGAAGAAGUUGCUGGACAAUCUCUUCACACGAAAUUAAUUGAUGUUGAGACACUUAUGGGAAAUACAGAAGAAUUCUCUGAACUCGGUGUGAAUGGUUCUUUGAUGCAACGCUACUUCCGUAGAAUAUUAAAAUGUGCAUUAGAGAAGACUCCUGAUAUUCGCUAUGCUGCCUUUGAAGUUGUUUCAGUUGUAGUCAAUCAAGGUCUGGCACACCCGGUUCUGGUAAAGAUGAAUGAUUUAAUUAUUAGUUGUGUGGAUAAUAACUCCUUCGGCAUUCUGUUAAAGUGUAUGCCCGCCGUUGUUGCAGCAGAAACAAGUUCAGAUAUUACCCUCCGAAACAAAGCAUAUUAUCUCCACAGAUUUGCACAUGAUAAAUAUGGACCUCUUUUGUAUAGUAAUUUUGGAGAGCACAUCAGCACCGCAUACGAGUACCAAAAACUAAUGGCGGAUGAUAAGAUAGAAGGCUAUGGAAAGAGAGGUAGUGAUGCAAAAGUGGAUUCCUUGUUCGCACUACCAUUUAGUGUAUUUAGACAAAAAAAGAAGAUCAAGUUGGACUUCUUGUGUGCUCUAGUGAAGCCUUUUGAUUUUGAUAUGAAGGUCACUAAAGAAGAAGAGGUUAAUGUUGAGUUUCUCAAGUUUUUGGCUGAAAGUAUCAUCACACUCGACUUCUCUAUGUUGGAAGAAAUACUAUGUGUUCUUAAUGGCAUGGAUCGUAUUCUAAUGACAGUUGGUGCCGAUCUCCUUUCUUCCAUCCAAAUCUUUCGCAAGAAAGGGUUGCUAUCUAAGCCAAAUGAUAUGAAUGAAUUUGGAAGAGUACCUUCUGGACAUAACAACGUCUCAAUGGAUCCAGCUUAUGCCAUGACAGCAAAGACAGCCAUUGCAAUGUCUAUCCUUCUCUACGUGCGAGAACUAUUGAUGGAUGUGUAUUCUAUAUCCAACGAUGAAAUACAAAGUUAUAGCUCAACAGACCAGUUAAAAUCACGUACGAUUUCUCGAGACAAUGAGACUGUGAGACUUGUUGACUGGACAGAAUUGGAGUACUUUAAAAUUGACAGAUUAAACCAUGCUUCUGCUGCAGAUGGAUGUAGAAAAUUCGAAGACAUGAUGAUGGAAUCGGCAGGAAUGGAUAGCCGAAAAUCUAGAAAAUACAAGGAGUUGACAUGA